AUGCCGUGGGAUUUCGGUGUACUCAGCUUUGUUUGCGGUGCUAUCAAAUUAUCGUGGAUCAUAUACGAGAAGGGGUUCACGGAGGAGAAGUCGCUGCCGCGACGGUAUCUUGAGUUUGGCGACGCGUUGUUCCGGCUGCACUGGAGUCUCAACACCAUCGAAUCCAUCGUCAGAACCGCGAACACCGGCUUAGAAAACGAAAGGCUCGAGAGUUAUGGACCUGAACUAUAUGAUACCACGGCGCUGAUCGAUAUCGUGGGCAACUUCCGCUUGACGCUGGAACAGUGUCAGCAGUUGCUCAAUGACGUCAGCAAAUUUCGUACUGGCAAAGACGGCUUCAUCACCAACAUCAUCUACAACCUGAAUACGGAUGCGCAGGUCAGAGAUUUGACUGAACGUUUGAAAUAUCACAGCGUCAAGAUUGGUCUCGUUCUCGACGCGUUCAACAUUCAUGUCCAAACACAGCUGCGGGAUCUCCACAAUGAACAACACCAAGACCUGGCGGAGCGAAUUCAGGAGCUGAAGCACCUACUUGUUGCUAGGAAGGACACGAUUGGUCAAGUAUCCAAAGCUCAAAUCCAGGCGGUCUCUAUGAUAGGUGCAUCCGGGAAAUGGAUCGACGACUUCGCAUAG